AAAUUUUUAAUGAAUACUUUUGAAAUGUGUUUUAAAUAUCAUGUGUCGUAUCAUUGGCUUAAGAUUUAUGGUGAAUUUCAUAUAGAAAUCUCUCUCUCUCUCUCUCUCAUUAAAUUUGUAUCGACCUCGCCGAGCUUUUCAUAUAAAUUGAACGAACAGUGAGUUACGGAUUCGUCAGUUAAUUUAUAGAUGUUUUUUUUUUAAUUUUAAUACAUUUUUGAUUGUAAGUUCAUCUCAGAAUUUUUAUUUGUAUACGGAAAAUUUACCGCCAUACGAGUCAAAUAUGACACAGAUGCGACAAUUGUAUGGUAAACAAAACAAACUCCACAAAACCGUUGCACAAAACUCCAUUCCGAAGGCUACAGAAAAAAGAGGGAUUACGUUUGGGUCUUCUCAAGCAUUUUUCCACAUUUGUUGGCUAUUUGAUUGUGCACGUGUUCACCAUGAAGCUCAAGUGUGAGCUGCAGACGGUGUACCGGACCGGUGCUGGCGCCUCACAGUCGUCACGCAAGUCACAGGGCCUGCUGGUGCUGUCAGGACGCAUGCCCGAGCUGCUGGUCACCGCAUACACUCCGCGCAACAAGCGCGGCCUGCGCUACCAGGUGACCAGUCUGACGCGCGUCUUCACCCGCCAUGCGGCCGCCGGAAAGACGUCGCUGAGCUUCCGGGAGCCGGCCCACGACCUGCUGGUGACCGGCGAUCCAGUGCACGUGCGCGCGUUCCUGGCGCAGCUGAGUGGUGCUGCGCGCGGCCAGGACAGCGAGCGGCCGCCGCCGGCCGCGGCGCCUGAGCGCGUACAGCCCAGUCAGAUGGGCCGUCCGCCGACGCGUCUAACGGCGCGCACUUCGGGCGAAUACGUGCGCGCCUUUCCGCCGGGAUUGCAGCACCUCACUGCUAACGGAAUCCGACUGCGGCGCGUCGAGGAGCGCCUGCUGCGCCUCAGUCAGCUGCGCUCCCUCGACCUGAGCGGCAACCGUCUGACACGGCUGCCGCCGAUCGACCGCCGGCUGCCACAGCUCUGCGAGCUCCGGUUGUCCGGCAACCAGCUGGAGACGCUGGAGCCGCUGGCCGAGCGGCCUGCAGACUCUCAGCUGGCCUACCUGGACGUCAGCGGAAACCGGCUGGCCGCGCUGCCCGACACACUGGCGUUCCUCACAAAACUGCACUUCCUGAACGCCGCCGGUAACCAGCUGGCGACACUGCCCGAGUGUAUGACCAACCUGGCGCGACUGCGCGUCGUCAACGUCUCCAACAACCGGCUGUCGUGGCUGCCGGCGCAGCUGGAGCGGAUGGAACUCAUGGAGGUGGACACCCACGGGAACGCGGGCGUCGAGCCGGUCUAUGGGCCGUGCUCUGAUCAGCCUCCUUCCCUGGAGCACCUGGCCGCCGGAGCGGCCGUCCGCCGGCUGGGCGGCCGCCUCCCCAGCGCCGCCGAGCUGCCGCUCUGUCUACUGGAGCUUCUGGUACAGUGCGAUAGGUGUCGCCAGUGCGGCCGGCCCUGUUUCGCCGGCGAGGGCGGCUGCGAGGUGCGGUUACGCCCGGGCCCGCUGCGACACGGUCGGGCCUCACUGGUGCAUCCCACUGGCCGGCCACUGCCGCUCAGGGAAGUAACCUGCUUCAGGUGUGUCGGCAGGAGGGCCAGGUGAUCUUUUCGUUAGACGGUGCUGUGACACUUCGGUAUUCAUUUAUGACGCCUUCGUGUGCGCUGACCACCCGCGAUGGCUCUGCGUGUGAUAAUGUUUUGGUCGGAAUACGGCAUAACUUUGAGCAGGGCACUACUACGCAUUCACUUUCAGAUUGAUACCAUUCCGGACGUGCGGACUGUAGCUUGAUAAAUUAGGUUUUUAUUUUUUCUCAGUUUAUAGCCACUUCAUGGUUUCAUCUCAAAGUUUGGCAUAACUAAAUGAGCUCCUGCCAUCCGAUUCCAGAACUGGCUUAUAUUAUUUUUGGAGGUAAACCACUCAUCGUGCUGUUUAGCCACCUGCUGGUCAGUGGAAGAAGGUGACUUCAUGUAGGGGGAUCUUACGCGAUGGUGUGGGACUGUGGGUUUCCGUGUCUUUCGCUCCCGGGCUCGCUCCGUGGCUAUGCUCCGUGUUUCCUAUUCAGUAUUCAUGUCUUUGUCGCGGGGAUGUGUGGGUUCUGAUCAAUACCUGUUCUGUUUUAUUGAUGGGUUAAUAUACUUUAUACAAAA